AUUGUUUUACUUUAAAUAGAUCAUUCAUAGUAUCUAUCUACACAAAUAUUUAAUCGUCAAAAUGCAAAAGUCUUAAUGAAAAAAAAUGUUUGACCGGUCAACUUUGAAAAUUUUAGAUUUUGUGUUCCCGGUUUAUUAUUAAUAUGUUCCCGCUGGUGUUCAUCCAUUAACAUGAUUCUCUGUAUCUUUUCAUCUAGUUUAAGAAUCCACUAGUUACCUAGCGUAAAAAAUGUGUAGCUUAGAGAAGAACGGAAACAUCUUCAUCCUAACCCUAACCGGCGACGGCGAGCACCGACUCAACCCCACACUCCUCAACUCCAUCAAAUCCGCCCUCCACCGCGUCCGUCAACAAGCCACCACUUCCUCCGCCCUCAUCACAACCGCCCAUGGCAAAUUCUUCUCCAACGGCUACGACAUCGACUGGGCUCAAACCUUCUUAGAUCGCAUAACCCUCGUCGACGAUUUACUCCGGUCCGUAGUCUCCGAUCUCCUCUCUCUCCCUAUGCCAACCAUCGCCGCCGUCACAGGUCACGCCUCUGCCGCAGGUUACAUCCUCGCACUCGCUCACGACUACGUUUUGAUGCGAUCCGAUCGAGGAUUCCUCUACAUGAGCGAGAUCGACAUCAAUCGUGUUAUUCCGGCUUGGUUUGUUGCUGUUGUUGAUGCUAAGGUUGGUGAUGCUGCGGCUCGCCGGAGGAUAGUGAUGCAGGCGGAUAAGGUCACGGCUAAGGAGGCGGUGAGGUUGGGGAUUGUUGACUCGGCGCAUGAUAGCGCUGAGGAGACGGUUAAGGCUGCGGUUGGUUUGGGUGGUGAUUUGGUGAAGCGUGGAUGGGAUGGACACGUGUAUGCUCAGAAUCGGAAGAGGUUUUUGGGUCAUGUGAUUCGGGCAGUUGAAGAUAAAAGUGAGAGAAACGUUGAAUCGAAACUUUAGUAAUUUGGGCUUUGUAUUGGGCUCAAUUUAUUUCAACAGAAAUUGAAUAAGAAUCUUUCGGUUUUAAAAAUGUACAUGUAUUAAAAUUAUAAUGAAAAUAAAAUAAAGGAAUUUUUUUUGCCAA